GGAAGUGAUGUAUCCCUGUGCUGCGAUCGUUCCAGGAAACAGUUAGAUUGCAGUCUCCAGCAAAGUUCAGAUUACGGUCUAAUUUCAUCUUUUGUGUACAAAGCUAUAGCCAGUAUUGAAAAUCUUAAACAUUAGGCCUCCAGGUUUCCAUUUAGAUUGUCAUUUAACACUGGUUUGGGGUUUUUUUCUUUCUUUUUUUUGAAGAACUUGGGUUGUCAAGAAUUCAUGAUGAAAAGCCUUUUUCUGUCUGUCUUGCUAGUCUCUGUACUGUUUAUGAACAGCUCAGAAGUGCAGGGAAAGAAAUGGAAAGGCGAAGGUACAACGCUAAACCUGGAAAAUAUUGUCAUCGGAAGAUGCUAUGACUAUAUUAGAAUUGUGAAUCCUGCUGUUGGUGAGAAGAAUUGUUCAGAGAUAUGGGAAGCGUUUAAAAAUGCAUUUAUUAACAAGGAUCCUUGCAGCAUUCUACCUAAGGACUAUGAAUUAUUUAUCAACCUGUCAUUGCACGAAAUUCCACCUAACAAGUCUCUCUUCUGGGAAAAUAAUCAGCUGCUAGUCAAUAGCUUUGCUGGCAGAGGCCGUCGCUACAUGUCUCUGGCUGAUACUCUGUUUGGCUUCUUUGGAGAUUUUCUAAACUGGUGUGGGCAGGAAAACAGUGCUGCACUGGACUAUGAAUCCUGCCCUACCACAGAGGAAUGUGAAAACAAUGCAGUGGAAUCUUUCUGGAGAAUGGCCUCAAUCACUUAUGCACAGCACAGUUCUGGGGUGAUACAUGUAUUGUUGAAUGGUUCUGCAGCUGGAGGAGCCUAUCCAGACCCAGGUUUUUUUGCAGAUUAUGAAAUACCUAAUCUCCAGAAAGACAAAAUCUCACAAAUUGUCAUCUGGGUUGUGGAUGAUAUUGAAGGACCAGAUAUAGAAUCCUGUGGAACUCAUAGUGUAAAGAUACUAGAAAACAGGCUGAAAACCCUUGGUUAUGACGUCACCUGCACUGACAAUUACAAGUCUGUAAUGCUCUUACUCUGCCUGGAUUAUCCUGAUGAUUCUAAGUGUACCCUUUCAUCAUCUGCACCAGCAGCACAAAGAGGACCUGUAUCUUCAGACAGAAGAGGCAGCUGGAACAAGCUCAUGAUUGUUUCUUUUGUAGGCUUUUUGUUCAGAUUUGCUUUAGUGUACUAAGUUAAUCAACUGAAUCCACACUCUGUCUUAGCUGGCUAUAAAUUUGGCUUCAACUAAUUUCUGUCUGCAAUUUCGCCCUACUUCUGGGACUGAGAAACCUGCAUAUUAAACCCCUGCAUACUUUUAUCUAGAUACAAACUACUUUUAGUAUCAAAAAUUGUUCUACUGCUACUACCCUUCAUUUCCUUUUCUUGACUAGAAAUCCCUUGCUAUUUCCUCUUAUCCUUAUUCUCCACAAUUAAACUGAGAAGACUUCCUGUACACAUAUUUCAGAAAGAAAAGUGAAGCUAUGCCUGUCAUACAUCUCUACACAGCUUACUUUUUUGUAAAAACAGUCCUAGCGUUUGGCCUUGGAAACUGUCUGAUUAUUGUGUUUUGGCAAGGGGAAAUACAAAUUCAGAUGGCAGGGAGCUUAGAUUUCUCACUUGGUACAAAACGGAAUAGGUGAGACAGUGGAAAAAUGAAACUCAUUUUCAUAAGUGGUCCAAUACUUGGGGCAGACUUACCUGAAACUAUCAUACAUCGAGAUUCUGGCUUGUAUACUCACAUACACUAUUUAUCACAUAUCGAUUGCUUCAUCAUCCACAUGGCUGUUCCUCAGCUGGCUGUUUCCUGGCCACUGGAUAGCCAAUAAUCAGGAAUACCAGGUCGAGAAGGUUCCUCAGGUUUUCCACCAUAAUAUGAUGGUUGAUCACCAUGAUGUGAUUUAGGGCCUAUCAAAUUCAGACAAAAACCUGCCAAGUCAGACAUCUGCCUGCUUGCAGUGAACUCAGCAUGCUUCAGAAUAUAUUGAGAGAGCAACUGCCAUUUUGAAGGUCUCUUGAGUUACUUUUGUAGAUUAUCAAAGUGUUUCAGCUAGAUGCUCCUCUAAACCACCAAGGCAUCCAGCUAACAAGAUGACACAUAAAUCUUUGGAAAAAUGUAGUUGUUCUUCUAGAAAAACAACUUUAAGUAGAGUUUUGUUGCACAUUCUCUGUUAGCUUCUGUAUUAUUUAUUUGUUUCUAUUAGCUGGUUGUCAAGAAGCUGGGAUAAGACGUUCCUGUUAUCUCAGUGCAUCUGAUUUAGGACUCCAAAGUAGGUUUACAUCCUUUCAGUCCCUGGUACAACUGUAUCAUGUUGUAUGUUUGAAAGAUAAAAUAUCUAAAAUGUG